CACCAAAACCAGAAACGAACAAAGGAAACAAAACAGAAAAUUAUAGGCAGACACUGAAAGGUAAAAAAAUCAACCCAAACUCUCAGAGGUGAGGAGAAGAGAACAAGGGAGAGGUGAGAGAAUACGACAAUCCCAACUCAUUCAACAGUGGCUCCACAGAGAUAUAAGGAAGAAGAAGAAGAAGAACGAAAAGAAGCAGAAGAAGAAAAGGGGAUUAUUUUUUUAUGUAAUGCGUCAUAAGAAAUCCGAAGUUCAGAUCGGAAAAGAAAGCAGCGGGGUCUCUUCCGAUUUCAACCCAACACCGCCUUUCCCUUCUAUUUACCAGAAGAACCUCCUUCAAUCUCAAAACCACUCAAUCUCUCAAACCCAGGACGCCAUCCAAAUCCAAAUCCAAAUCCCUCCUCCAUCUUUUCCUGGCUACCCAUCAUCUGUAUCGACAUCAGCAUCCCUUCCAGGACCACCACCACCAACAUCGCUAACAGUAACGACACAUCAAAAUCAAACCCAAACACAGUUUGAAGAUGAACCCACCUCCAAUUCAUCAACCAAAACUGUUCUCUCGGCCCCCCACAAGAGACCCAUAAUGAACCACACGCCUUCAACCCUCUCAAGUUCUCCCACCUUAUCUUCUCUCCACCAAUACCAGCACCACCAUACUACUUCCUCGCCGUAUCCUUCCAACUUGUCAUCUUCAUCGCCGGCUUCGUCUUUUCUAUCUCCUUUUCACGUUUCGUCGAAAACCAAGGCCGCAGCCUUCCGGCUCCUUCGCCACGUCCGCCGCCUGCGCGUCCAUCUUCGCCUCCUCCUCCUCUUCUCUUUCCCAUCAUUCUACUUCUUCCUAUCCAACCCCCGCAGGUCCUUCCUCCUUGACUUCCUCUCUUUUCUUGCUUUCUGCGCUGUACUCCUCCUUUCCCUUAAUCUAGCCCUCCCUCGGCUGCCAUCAAUCCGACUCCUCCUAUCUCGCUCAUUCCCUCUCAAGCUAUCCUCCCCGGCCUCCCGCCGGUCCUCACCGGUCCUUUGGUCAAUUGGGUCGAAGCCAAAAUCUGAGAAACGGAUCAAUUCCGGAUAUUUCGUUCAGGUUUACAGUAACGGCGAUGUCUAUGAGGGUGAAUUUCAUAAGGGAAAGUGUUCAGGGAGUGGAGUUUACUACUAUUACAUGAGCGGGAGGUAUGAGGGCGAUUGGGUCGACGAGAAGUACGACGGGUAUGGGGUGGAGACAUGGGCAAGGGGGAGUCGAUAUCGUGGGCAGUACAGACAGGGUCUGAGGCAUGGUCUUGGGGUAUAUAGGUUUUACACUGGAGACGUUUACGCUGGAGAGUGGUCAAACGGGCAGAGCCAUGGAUGCGGCGUUCAUACCUGCGAGGAUGGAAGUCGAUAUGUGGGGGAAUUCAAGUGGGGUGUCAAGCAUGGCCUUGGUCACUAUCAUUUUAGAAAUGGGGACACCUAUGCUGGAGAAUAUUUUGCAGACAAGAUGCAUGGCUUUGGAGUAUAUCGUUUUGCAAAUGGUCAUCGAUAUGAAGGAGCGUGGCAUGAGGGAAGAAGGCAAGGGCUUGGGAUGUACACAUUCAGAAAUGGAGAGACACAGUCUGGUCAUUGGCAAAAUGGUAUCCUAGAUAUUCCAAGCACACAGAACACCCACCCUGGAUCUCCAAUUGCCGUUAACAAUUCUAAAGUGCUGAAUGCUGUCCAGGAAGCUAGGCGAGCAGCAGAGAAGGCAUACAAUGUGGCCAGAGUUGAUGAGAGGGUGAACAAGGCUGUUGCUGCAGCUAAUAAGGCAGCCAAUGCAGCGAGAGUUGCUGCUGUAAAGGCUGUCCAGAAGCGAAUGCAUCACAACAAUAACAAAGAUGACGUACCAAUUCCAAUUGUGUGACAACGGGUCAUUCAUCAUCAGCAUCUUGUAUUAACCGCAGAUGGGUCGAAGGCGAAGGAGGAUUAGUGGUUGAAUUGCAUCAAGUUGAAUUUUGCCCCCCUACAGCUUGUUCUGUAUUGUUAUUUUCUUGUUUGCAUUUUGCUAUUUACUUGUUGAAAUCAAGAGGAUAGCAAUUGCGAGGUGCCUGCUUGGAACCACAUUUCUGUUGAAACAAAGUGGCUGAUUGAGGAGGAGGUUGUCUCUGUGUCUCCCUUUUAGCUUUCAGUGUAACAUGUACAUAGGAAUGAGAGAUGAUGCACUAAUGAACUGAAGGAUGGCACUACCACGACCAAGGUGCUCGAUUAUCUUGGUGAUUUCUAAUUGUCUUUGCUUUGCUUCUCUAUUGUAAAGGGGUAGUUAGGUUACUUGUCAUCUAUAUGGCGGUGCUUUGGUUAAACCUUAGCGAGGCCAUUGUGUUGUAUCUUGCAUGUGAACUAUUGAUGGCUGUCAUAAAAGAGUAUCACGGGAGUUAAUACC